CUUUUCCAUUAGGUUUAUCCCAGGAGAUUGGAUAUAGUUCCCUGUGCUAUACGAGCUGAGGACCCUGCAUGUCUGUUCAUUCGGGCCUGGAUGCAAAGGCAGAUGCAGGUGGUGCAGUGAGCAAGGCCUGGCAGCUGGAGCAGUGCAGGCCCCGUGUGUCCACGGAGCUGCUGGCCAAGAGGACUCCUGCCCAGCUUCGCCUGCCAGGCUGGGAGAAACCAGAGGCCUAGGUGCACAGGGGUGGGUGUCGGCAGACAGAUGCUCCCCAGGCUGCGGGGUUUCCUGCGUGGACCGCUGGGCGGGUGUGCCAGAGGUGGAGGAUGCCGGCCAAGGGGCGCUACUUCCUCAACGAGAGUGAGGAGGACCCCAACCACGAUGCGCUCUACGAGAAGUACCGCCUCACCAGCCAGCAUGGGCCACUGCUGCUCACGCUCCUGUUGGUGGCCGUCUCUGCCUGCGCCAUCCUUAUCAUCAUCGCCUUCAGCUACGGGGACCCCUCCAGAUACCAGGCUGUCCUGGGGACUGCGUUCUUCACGCUUGCCGUGUUUGUGGCUCUCUACGUGCUCGUGUACGUUGAGUGCCUCGUCCGCCGGUGGCUCAGGGCCUCGGCGCUACUCAUCUGGGCCUGCCUCGUGAUGCUGGGCUACGCGCUGGUGUUUGACUCAUGGAUGAAGGAGGCCUGUGACUGGGAGCAGGUGCCCUUCUUCCUGUUCGUGGUCUUCGUGGUGUACACGCUGCUGCCCUUCAGCACGCGGGGUGCCGUCGUGGCCGGGGUCGUCUCCAGCACCUCCCACCUCCUGGUGCUCGGCGCUCUGAUGGGGGCGUUCACCACGCCCAGCGUCCGGGUAGGGCUGCAGCUGCUGGCCAAUGCUGUGGUCUUCCUGUGCGGGAACCUCACGGGCGCCUUCCACAAGCACCAGAUGCAGGAUGCCUCCCGAGACCUCUUCACCUACACCGUGAAGUGCAUCCAGAUCCGUCGUAAGCUGCGCAUCGAGAAGCGCCAGCAGGAGAACCUGCUGCUGUCCGUGCUGCCUGCUCACAUCUCCAUGGGCAUGAAGCUGGCCAUCAUCGAGCGGCUCAAGGAGCGUGGGGACCGCCGCUACCUGCCUGACAACAACUUCCACAGCCUCUACGUCAAGCGGCACCAGAACGUCAGCAUCCUCUAUGCUGACAUCGUGGGCUUCACGCAGCUGGCCAGCGACUGCUCCCCAAAAGAGCUGGUGGUGGUGCUGAACGAGCUCUUCGGAAAGUUUGACCAGAUCGCCAAGGCCAAUGAAUGCAUGCGGAUCAAGAUCCUGGGCGACUGCUACUACUGCGUGUCAGGCUUGCCCGUGUCCCUGCCCAGCCACGCCCGCAACUGUGUGAAGAUGGGGCUGGACAUGUGUGAGGCCAUUAAGCAGGUGCGGGAGGCCACAGGCGUGGACAUCAGCAUGCGUGUGGGCAUACACUCGGGGAACGUGCUGUGCGGUGUCAUCGGGCUGCGCAAGUGGCAGUAUGAUGUGUGGUCCCAUGACGUGUCCCUGGCCAACAGGAUGGAGGCGGCUGGAGUCCCUGGCCGGGUGCACAUCACGGAGGCGACGCUGAACCACCUGGACAAGGCGUAUGAGGUGGAGGAUGGGCACGGGCAGCAGCGGGACCCCUACCUGAAGGAGAUGAACAUCCGCACCUACCUGGUCAUCGACCCCCGGAGCCAGCAGCCGCCCCCGCCCAGCCUACACCUCACCAAGGCCAAGGGGGAUGCGACCCUGAAGAUGCGGGCCUCCGUGCGCAUGACCCGCUACCUCGAGUCCUGGGGGGCGGCGCGGCCCUUCGCGCACCUCAACCAGCGCGAGAGCGUGAGCAGCACCGAGACCCCUGUGCCCCACGGGCGGAGGCCCAAGGCCAUUCCCCUACGGCGCCACCGGACCCCUGACAGAAGUGCGUCCCCCAAGAGGCGCUCAGAGGAUGACUCAUAUGAUGAUGAGAUGCUGUCAGCCAUCGAGGGCCUCAGCUCCACGAGACCCUGCUGCUCCAAGUCUGAUGACUUCUCCACCUUUGGGUCCAUCUUCCUGGAGAAGGGCUUCGAGCGAGAGUACCGCCUGGCACCCAUCCCGCGGGCCCGCUACUACUUCGCUUGUGCCAGCCUUGUGUUCAUCUGCAUCCUGCUCAUCCAUGCCCUGCUGAUGCCCAGGAUGGCGGCUCUGGGUGUGUCCUUUGGGCUGGUGGCCUGCGUGCUUGGGCUGGUACUAGGCUUGUGCUUUGCCCGUGAGCUCUUGAGGUGCUGCCCAGCCCGGGGCGCGCUCCGAGCCAUCUCCGAGAGGGUGGAGACGCAGCCCCUGCUGCGGGUGUCCCUGGCCGUCCUGACCGUCGGCAGCCUGCUCGCCGUCGCCAUCGUCAACCUGCCGCUGAUGCCUUUCCCGGCCCCAGGGCUGCCUGCUGGGAACGAGACGGGUCCGGGGGCCGUGAGCAGCUGGGAGAGGGCCCUGUGCAAGCUCCUCCCGUAUUACACCUGCAGCUGCAUCCUGGCCUUCAUCGCCUGCUCUGUCUUCCUGCGGAUGAGCCUGGAGCUGAAGGUCGUGCUGUUGACAGUGGCCUUGGUGGCCUACCUGGUGCUCUUCAACAUCUCCCCGUGCUGGCAGUGGGACUGCUGUGGCCACAGCCUGGGCAACCUCACCACGACCAAUGGCACCCUCAGCCUCCUGUUUGUCAACCACGAGAACGUGAGCUCCGAGGGCAGCGACCUCCCAUCCUGUUCACUUCCGCGUGGGCUGGCCCUGCGUCUGGGCCUCAUGCCAUCCCCUGAAUUUGGGGGGCUUUGGGCGGAAGUGGAGAUGACGCCUGCCUUUCCCCUCAUAUCCGGCAGCUCCCCAUCCUGUUCAUGGGAUCUGAAGACGAUGAUCAAUUUCUACCUGGUCCUGUUUUACACCACCCUCAUCAUGCUCUCCAGACAGAUUGACUAUUACUGCCGCUUGGAUUGUCUGUGGAAGAAGAAGUUCAAGAAGGAACACGAGGAGUUUGAAACCAUGGAAAAUGUGAACCGCCUUCUUCUGGAGAAUGUCCUGCCAGCCCACGUGGCCGCCCACUUCAUUGGUGACAAGUUAAAUGAGGACUGGUACCAUCAGUCCUACGACUGCGUGUGUGUCAUGUUUGCAUCCGUGCCGGACUUCAAAGUAUUCUACACGGAGUGCGACGUCAACAAGGAAGGGCUGGAGUGCCUGCGCCUGUUGAACGAGAUCAUAGCUGACUUUGACGAGCUGCUGUUAAAGCCCAAGUUCAGUGGUGUGGAGAAGAUCAAGACCAUCGGCAGCACGUACAUGGCAGCUGCAGGGCUCAGCAUCCCCUCAGGGCACGAGAACCAGGAGCUGGAGCGGCAGCACGCCCACGUCGGCAUCAUGGUGGAGUUCAGCACCGCCCUGAUGAGCAAGCUGGAGGGCAUCAACCGGCACUCCUUCAACUCCUUCCGCCUCCGAGUCGGCAUAAACCACGGGCCCGUGAUUGCUGGAGUGAUUGGGGCACGGAAACCUCAGUACGACAUCUGGGGAAACACGGUCAAUGUUGCCAGUCGAAUGGAGAGCACCGGAGAACUUGGGAAAAUCCAGGUUACUGAAGAGACAUGUACCAUCCUCCAGGGACUAGGUUAUUCUUGUGAAUGCCGCGGACUGAUUAACGUCAAAGGCAAAGGCGAACUGCGGACUUACUUUGUCUGUACGGAUACUGCCAAGUUUCAAGGGUUGGGGCUGAACUGACGGCUUUAGGUAGGUGCAGAACAUGCUGGAAGCCGAUUUCCUUCCCUGAAGCAAGCCAGGGGGAAGGCUCAGCCCCACGUCGGUCACAAAGGCAGUCCAAGGGUUUGGCUAUUACCGCCCCUGGCAGGUGGUUGUGCAUGGCUUCCUUGAACUGGUACUGGAGGAUUUCUCAGCUUGAGGCAACCACCAAGCCUUACACACAGGUAGCCAGAACCUCUGUGCUGUCGGAGUCUGCAACUCGGCCUCCAGCACAGCAGGGAAUGGCUCAUUUGUGGGUUUUAGACCCUCAUUCCCCCAGGUGCUGUGGAUGAGACCUCAGAGCAUGACCUGGAGACCCCCGCCCGCCCCUACUCUGCCUUGGCCUGUGAGCUGCACAGGCGAGACUCGUCUUCUUUUCUUGUCCAGGAUGGGUGGAGACUCCUUUCUCCCCAGCAGAACAGCUACGAGAGUCCAUGUUGCUCAUACAGGCAUUCUGGUAAAGAGUUGAACCGGUGUUUGUUUUAAAUCUAUCAAUGGUUUCAAACAAUAGGGAGAAAACCCCAGUGGACACUUACUUCUUGUCAUCUUUGGCAUGUGUCUGUUUUAAAUGGAUACAUUGUUAAUGGAGGUAUUUAUUAUCCUUUAAAUGACUUCUGAGAUGCUAGACAAAUUAUCUUCUUGGCAGUAUAGUCUCUGCCUUUGUAACCACUGACACAUAAGUAGGACCACUGUCCAGUGUGAGCAUGUGGGCUCAGCUCAGCUGGGGGAUGGAGCUCCAAGGAAUGAGGCUCAUAGCAGGAAGGCAAGGAGUGUCACAGCCUUGGCUUUGAAUCACACAACUUUGAAGCCAGAAUUUUGAGAUUAGGUUUAAUAAGAGAAAAGCCUAGAAAAUAAGGUAUAAGCUCUUAGCCCUUCCUUGACUCCUCAUGCAUUUUUGAGCACCUGCUGUAACCUUCAACUCUGUCUUAGCUUUAUACUGGGAAGGAAUGGAGUCUGUGUGGAGAGAAGUCGGACAGCCUGUAGUUCUUUCCUUUCCUUCAGUCCUCAUAGCUAGCUUUGAAGAGUUUCAAAACUAAGAGGAUCUACUCAGCCUCCGCAUGUGUAGAGGUUCCUGUAUCUGGGAAGCCAGCCCUCUCACAGGUGCUCAGCUGUUCUUGUUCUGAACUGAAUGAGUCAAGGCAAGUGAAAAAGCCAAGUCUGUGAGGUGGGGUCUUACAGCACUUUAGCGCCAAAAGAAUGGAAAGAAGUCUACCUAUGUUGUUUCAAGGUGAGAAAUAAUAACCAAACUGCCCAUUCCUUUUUCUGAACUGACGUCAUUGCCUCAUAACCACAGUAUCCCCAGGGUUUCUAAUAAAUACAGCUGAAUUUCACUAUCUAGCAGGAAUUCUCAGCCAGAAGUCAUCCAUGAACUCCCCUGAAAUUAUACAGAAAAUCCUGCAUACGUGAGGCUUCAAAAGAUGACACAACGUUGCAGACAGGUGACUAAGCAGUCAGGUCUGCCUGGGAUGGAGGGCUGUGGGGUGAGCUGACAGCCCAGCCACGGGCAGGGAGGGGACUGAAGCCGAAGCUGCUGCCUGCUGCUGCUGUGUCUUGUUGGGGGCUGGGUGGGCUAGUGGCAGCUCAGAUGCUCUGCAUGAAACUGGAAUAGGUAGGAAUAAAUCACAAGAACUUGCCUAAAGGAAUUUCAUUGUGAAAACGCUGGUAAGGGAAAUAAGCCGUACUUAAAUUGCCUUUUUUACACACCAAUUCUUCACCUAAGUACUAUGCUGAAAUCUAUACCCUUAAAAUCAGGAGUGGCCAGGGCUGCUCAACAGGGCUCAGCUGGGAAGUCAGGAAGGCUCCGUCACUGAUACGGUGUAGACACACAUCAGCGUGCUGGGCCUCUCUGAGGUGGACGUACUUCUGCUCUUGCAAUAUGCAUAUUACUUUUUUCCUCCAGCAAAGAAAUCCCAGUUGGGAGUUUUAAAAAAUAAUUGGUUACCAUUCAUGUAUUCUUCUUUCACUGUGCUCAGAUAAGAAUAUUAAGUUUUGAGUUUUUGAUAAUCAGAUCGUAGUGUAUAACUGACCAUAAAAAUCACUUAUUUUUCAUAUAUUUGUUUUCCAACUACCAAGUCAUUUCUUCACAGGUGUCAUUUUGCUUUAUGACAAGUAUCUUUCCUAACACUGACCUUCUCUAUGGGUCAGGGACCUGCUUCAAAUUUCUACUGAGGUGGCCUCACUGAUGCUAGUGAGAAUCACACUUGAAGUUUUCUGGUUUACUUAUUAAGAAAAUUUCCUAACAGACAAGAUCAUUAACCACUGUAUACAUUGUGUAUAUGUACAGAAAUAUGCUUUGAGAAAGUACAUGCAAAUGACUAGGGGUUAUUCUAUAUACUGAAUAUUUAUAGACCUGUAACAUUUGUUUCAAAAUGUUAUAAUUUCAUUUUUAUAAAGCACCAGUGUUUCUCCUUUGUUUAGCUUUUCAUAGAUUAAAUUAGCAAUCUGGAAAACCUGAUGUCCUAAGGUGUUUUGAAUUUAAAUGUUUUCUUGGUCUUCGGGAACUUACCUUAUUAGCUAAGUAGAUCUAAAGUUUGAGUCGGUUACUGCCUGAAUUAUAUUUGAGAGACAAACUCUAAAAAGACGUGAUAAAUACAUAUUUGAACUGAUUCUUUAA